CAGAAUUACAAGCCGUCAGGCUGCAAUUCUAUAGUGGGUUAUAGCAUGGUCACGCACCCGUAGGGCCUCAGCGCCUACCGCCGUGCCGUGACACUGCCACAAAAGCGUUUACAAGACUUCCUGAUCUGAGCAUCAUAUGAUGCCAGGAUAAUUUGUAAGGGAGCUACGGAUAUCACUGUAUCUCGCGGGUUGUAUUCCAUUUCACUACUGUAUGUACGGCUGUUGUACCUUCGGGUUUAUAUUAGGUUUACACUCCCCAGUAUCAUAAUAUCAAUCAUUCUCUUAUGCAGUACUACAAGAUUCCCAAAUAUCAGCGGCCAGAUACUUGUGCAGAAGCUUUCACCUCAGCAAAUCAAUACGACCUAGAUCGAACAUACGCUACCAUGCCUCGUGAACGAAGACAACGUCCACAGCCUCCUAGACUCCCCCAACCCACAUUAGUAACCUCAACAACCUCGAGGACCAGCAGAAUUGAGGUUGUUAUCCCUAGUCGGCCACACGGCCUCGCUGGCUACACCCGUAUAGCACAGCCGGCCGGCGCCCUCGCUCUAGCCACCGUACCACGCAAUACAAUACAACGUGAAGACACUCCUACCUUCUCCGAGCUCUUGGCGAAUACCUCGACCACCUCGAUCACUAGUGUGAUCGGGGAUAUCAUCCCCGGCCGGACACAUAGCCCUGCCGGCCGCGCCCGCGCAACCGCCGGCCGCGCCCGCGCAACACAGCCGGCCGGCACCCUCGCUCCAACCACCGUACUACGCAAUACGACACAACGUGAAGACACUCCUGCCUUCUCCGAGCUCUUGGCGGAUACCUUAACCACCUCGAUCACUGGUGGGAUCGGGGAUAUCAUCCCCGGCCGGACACAUAGCCCUGCUGGCCGCGCCCGCGCAACCGCCGGCCGCGCCCGCGCAACACAGCCAGCCGGCGCCCUCGCUCCAACCACCGUACUACGCAAUACGAUACAACGUGAAGACACUCCUGCCUUCUCCGAGCUCUUGGCGGAUACCUUAACCACCUCAAUCACUGGUGGGACCGGGGAUAUCAUCCCCGGCCGGACAUACAACCCCGCCGGCCGCACUCGUGCAACUCGGCACCCAUCCCCGGGCGCAAGCCAACGAGGACUUGUAACUAGGUCCCGGGAAAGGCGCCCUCCACCUACCAAUCCUGAGCCGGCAUCGAAGAAGCAGAGAACAAGGGAGAGCCAUCGCGGGGCCACCACGGCCGGCAACGAGAACGGGGACCUGAAUCCUAAUGAGCAUUUCAAUGGCUUUGGCAACCAUUUUGAUCCUGAGCAGAGCAACCCGGCGAGCAAUCCUGAGCAGAGCAGCCUGGCGAGCGAUUCUGAGCAGAGCAGCCCGGCGAGCGAUUCUGAGCAGAGCAGCCAUUCCCUUCGGCAGAGAUCUGAGCCACCAGAUGACGAACAGCAGGAAUUCCCGGAUCAUGUCUCUGAGUGGCUUGAUGAUAACAACGGCCCCGUUAGAUGGCAACCACGGCUUCCACCAGCUGCCUCCGUACUGGAGUGGAUUCAAGGCGCCCGGGAUGGCCGGCACCGGCUCGCCCGCCGCAUCAUUUACGCACUUCAUGUCGGCAUAAUCCCGUGUCCGGCUCUGGCCCACGCUCGUGAUGAGGCAAAACACUUUGGAUCAUGUAGGCGCCACCGGGGGCUACGGUACACCUAUGAUAUCGAAGGCAGGAGCCAUCCCAUGAGCGCUGCCGAGAUGGAUCUUCAACUAGGAAUCCAUCGCACCGGCGAAGAUAUCCCAGGCCUUUGGCUAAAUAGGGAUCGUCUAGCCUUCCCCAGCCCAGGCCGCCUCCAGACCCUCUUCUCCGGACCACUACAAGAGGGCGAGGAGAUAUGCCUUCACAAGGAUGCGCCCUGCAAGCCACCGCUGCAAUACUCGCUCAAGGACGUUGAUAGCUCUAUCGCCAUCUUCUCGGACCUGAACUCCUUCCGCGCAUCAAUCAGUCUUCCAAUCAUUGCACAGCCUGCCUCACUCUUGCAAAGUUCCAUUCACCUCCAAUACGAAUUAGAGGUCGAGGGGAAGAUGACUAAGGUCCCCAUUCAUAAGAUCCCCCACAUCUUGUUCGCCACUACCGGUACCCGGUCUCACCCAAUCUUCGCGUUCUUCCCAGCAAUGUACGAACCCGAGUGUUCAAUCUUCCUCAGCGACAAAAUGUAUGCGACGUUCUAUGACCAUCUCCUACACCCGGCCCUCGAACAACUCUCAUAUAGGGCACAGUCAGCAAGGUUUUCCAGUGAUGCAGUUUCCCAAACUUCCCAGCAUAUUCCCCCAAACUUCAUCGCGGCGCAGAACGCUUCCAGGGCCAAACUGGAGAAGUCCGGCAAGGGCGGUGGCGCGCAUGGGAGUCCGAUUGGCAUUACCAUUAACCCAUCGAAAGAUACCAUGGUCUGGAACCACAUGGUGCAGGAACUCGACAACGUCCACGCGUCUCGGGAGUCCACCCUCCUCCAGUUCACCGGCAUGUUCUUUCUUUACAAUGCCAAGGGUCUGAAACUCGAAACGCAGCGGCAGAGGGUCCUCUCGGAAUGUAUCGAAGACUUUGCAUUCGAACAGGCUGAACACUUCAAAGAGGUUUUGUCUGUCGAGAACCAGAAUCGGCAGUACAUUGACGUCGCAGCAGAGGUCAUGUCAGUCCCCGAUGGGAAUUAUCCGCAAGGCGCGACGCUGCUCGCCAAACGCUGCUAUGGGCAGCUCAGGGAAUCUCGCAGAGCCAGCAGCCGUCGGUCGGAAAGCGGAAGCGACUCUGACGCCGGGGAAGACGACCAGGCAAUAACAGUGGCUAGAGGGCCUCGUGAUGCGGCGUUUCAGCCACCCCACAUACCGAGGGCCACUGUGACCGAAUACCCCAUCGGCCUCCUCAGAGAUACCGUAACACUUACGGCCGAGCCCAAGCGCAACCACCCCCACACCAACGACGGGCUGAUAUACUUACAGUCGUAUAGCCCGCUCAAGGAGCGAAUGGACGCAAAGAAGAUCUACCCCUUCUCCCACCCCGGCAUCGCCAACCUGGGCUAUAGUGAGGCCGACCACAACAGCAUCAACAUUCUCCAAAGGACAAAUAACAACCGGUCAGAGGCAAAGAGCGCAGACAUCCGAUCCAGAAAGCGUAUCAAGGAAGUUCUGAAGCAUACCAGAACCGAGAACUUUGGAUGGCGUACUGAGUUCCGGGUGACCCUCGGUCUCGCGCACGUCAUUUGGGAAGAAGACGAAUGCUGGGCAAAAUUUCUUGGCGAAUUUUCCCAGGAGACGCGAAUCCAGAACUCCGGACUAUCUACCAGGGUUAUCUCCUCAGGGCAAGCGCAAGCUGACGUGAAUAACAUCACAUUCCCCUCUGAUGCUUUCCACAUCUAUAGGACCAACGAGUUCAGGAACUUCUUGCAGGGUAACAUCCAGAAGCAUCUCAUAGUGGUCGACACCAUCAGAGCUCUGUAUAGUCCCAACCAGGCCACACCAUUGGAGGUUGCAAGACUGCAUGGGCUGCUUAUCCUUGGUCUACGACACUUCAUCUCGCAUCUCUCGCCAAGUGAAGCCUGGAUGCUCAAUAACCCGCUUCGCCGUUCCAACCUUGAGACUAGGAAGCCCGGCUUCGGAUUACGAGAAACAAUGGACCGGUUUGGCUUCGGGUUCUUCCACCACGGCAUAGUCGAUUGGAGAGAUUUCAAGAUCUCCAAGGAGUACAUCGAUAGUGUGACUCUCCCGGGCUUCCAAGUUGUCACAAGAUAUCUGCCUGUCGUCGAGUACCAGGAAACCCGGUCAUUCCUUGACGAGCUUCUCGAGAUCAUCGACAAACAGACGCCAAGAGAGAUUUCCGAAUUUGUUCUCGAGAAAUGCGUCCACCUCAUACUCCAGAACUAUCGCCAAGUGGCGUUCCUCAAGUUGCUUGGCCAGAAAGAAAAGCAACCCCCAACGCCGGUUAGUGGCCGUUCUUUCUGUUUGCAGGGGCUACAACAAGAGGCCAGGAAAAUCGGUAGGGACGUCGGCAUGAUCAAGGGCAAUAAGUCCUACUUCAAAAAAAUGCAUACCUUUUUCGUUUGGACGUGGGAGAAGACCGAGAUCGGUACUCUCAACGAGAAAGGCAGUUCUUUUGCGACGGUCGAACGAUUGACACAGAUACUGGCAUACCGUUUCUUCGAGCAGCAUACCGCGCUGCCAUACCCAGAUAGCAACGGCUCGAUGCAACAAGUUAGAAGAGAUAGUGUCACGGCGCGCAACGGCCGUAGCACACUAUAA